AUGACUACUGCUACAGCUUCUAUCCACUCAUCCAUUAUUAACUUAACGAAAACUAUCGUUGGUGCUGGUAUGCUAGCCAUUCCAUUCGCCUUCCGUAACGAUGGGAUUCUAGUAGGUAUUCUGUUAACUCUGCUAGCUGCCAUCACCUCAGGCUUUGGUCUAUUUGUCUUGGCAAAAUGCUCAAAAACCUUAAUCAAUCCAAGGAAUUCCUCAUUUUUCCAAUUAACGAUGAUUGCAUUCCCAAAUUUAUCUCCAUUAUCUGACAUUUCCAUGAUUGUUCAAUGUUUUGGAGUUGGUUUAAGUUAUAUUGUAUUAAUCGGUGAUUUAUUCCCAACUAUUUUCAAUAAUUAUGGUUCUAGGAACUUUUAUAUCCUUACUUCAACAAUUGUUAUUGUACCACUUUGUUUGUUAAAGAGACUAGACCAUUUAAAAUAUUCGAGUAUUGUAGGUUUAUUUGCUUUAUCAUACCUAUCAUUUUUAAUCGUUUUCGUUUUUAUUAAAGACAUUAUCUUGACAAACAAUUUACCUCCUUUUGAAAGAGGUUCCAUUAAUUGGGUUUCUAUUUAUGACUUUAAUGGACUAUUAUCCACUUUUACAAUAAUCAUUUUUGCCUACACUGGUUCGAUGAAUCUUUUUACAAUUAUUAACGAAUUAAAUUAUAAUGAUAUUGAUUCUAUUAAAAUAGUGAUUAAUCAUAGUAUUGCCAUUUCUACAAUUAUCUUUUUAAUUAUUUCAAUUUUUGGUUAUUUAACAUUUGGAACUCUCACGUUGGGUAAUAUAAUGUUAAACUAUAACUAUUCUAAUUCAUUGUACAUUAUUUUAGGAAAAUUGGCUCUUGGAAUUAUGGUUAUCUUAACAUUCCCAUUAUUAUUUCAUCCUUUAAGAAUUGCAUGUAAUAACAUUAUUGUAUGGAUUAUUUUAAAAUAUACUGGGAAAAAAUUGCAUACUACAAACGUUCAAACCCCAAUUAUUCUACGCAUCGACGAUCAAGAAAAUGAAUCUCUUUUGAAUAGUACUGAUUCAUUAGAACAAUUUCAUCAAUCAACAACUAAAUCAAGUACUCAUACAUCAUCUCCAUUACAAAAUAGCUCUACAUAUGGUUCCUUCCAUAAUGAUAUCGAACCUAAUCUGGAGAAUCAUUUAACUACUGUUUACUCAAGAGUAAGUCAAGAAUCCCUACGUGAUGAAUGUCCAGCUUUGAGAUUUUACACCAUAUCAGCAUUCCUCUUAAUUUCAAUGUUUUCCAUAGCCUUAAAUAUCAAAUCAUUCGCGUUGGUAUUGUCCUUGGUUGGUGCCACAGGUUCAACAUCUAUAUCAUUUAUAUUACCAGGCUUACUAGGCUAUAUCCUAAUCGGGAGAGACAAAAUAUCCAGAUGUGAACAAUUAUCAACAAGUGAUAUUUGUUACAAGAGAUUGAGCUUGGUACUGAUGGUAUUUGGUAUACUAGUGAUGUUUUUGUCCUUGUAUACAACAUUAGUCUUUGACUAUAAUUGA